UUGCUAUUCAGACAAUACAGCGUGCGAGCGUAUAGUAACCUACCGGGUGCAUCAGGGAUCGGAGGAACUGGCUUACCCAGCGGAAGUUACCUUGCCAAUGCAACAACUUCGUCGACUUCCCAUGUGACUUUUGGUGCGCCGACCACUACAAUCGCCUCCUCAUCGAACUUGAGGCCAACAGAAUCUUCCAGCAGUGCUGCUGGUGGUGGUCCUCCAGCCACAACCUGUGACACCCUCAUCUCCGCGGUUGGCUCCACCGUUGCAGCACUUACAAGCGGACAGUUUGGGCUUAGCCAAAGAAAUCCUCUUGUCCGAUCGAGCUCAAUUUCUCGAAACCUUUCUGAUUCUAGAGAGAGUCAAUUCGAUGAAACUGUGGAUGGUGGUGCACGGAGGAAGGUAUCAGCAAAAGCCUCGAUUGUUCACAAUGUUGAUUGGGAUGUUGAAGGUGGUCAGUUUUCUGAGGUGAGUGAUGAUUUGCAACAGAAGGAACAAUAUAACGUACCCUUUGGCGAUCGUCGACAGGAUGACGAAGAACGUGUUGUCUUGAACGUCUCUGGCUUGAAAUUCGAAACCCAAUUAAAGACCCUAAAUCGCUUCCCAAAUACUUUGCUUGGCAAUCCGCGGAAACGCAAUAGAUUUUAUGACCCACUUAGAAAUGAGUACUUUUUUGACCGAAAUCGACCAAGUUUUGACGCCAUCCUCUACUAUUACCAAUCUGGAGGCAGACUUCGUCGACCUGUAAAUGUCCCAAUCGACGUUUUCACUGAAGAGAUAAGUUUCUACGAACUUGAUGAUGAGGCUGUCGAAAAAUAUCGUGUUGAUGAGGGUUUUCUUAAGGAGGAGGUGAAGUUGCUACCUGAGAACGAAUUUCAGCGCAAAAUCUGGCUUCUCUUUGAAUAUCCGGAAAGUUCUUUAGCUGCACGGUGUGUUGCUAUAUGUUCCAUCUUUGUAAUUACCCUAUCAAUUGUAAUCUUUUGUAUCGAAACCUUACCUCACUUCAAGCACUAUCGGAUCGCGAAUAGGACUUCCAGGCCUUCACCUACUUUGAAUGCUGCUGAAGAUGGUAAUCACUAUGUUUCCACUGAAACUACCGUGUUUGAUCCAGGAUCAAGUAUUUUACGAACAGUUCGUGAUACCUCGGCGAGUACACAAACUCAAUGGAAUGAUUUAUUUUACAAUGUGAUAAUUGUGGAAGACGACAUACCUCAUCUCGCUGAGCCAUUUUUCAUAAUUGAGACAGUAUGCAUAAUCUGGUUUACUUUUGAAUUGAUGAUUAGAUUCGCUUCAUGUCCUCAAAAGGUUGCUUUCUUCAAAAACGUCAUGAAUUUCAUUGACAUCGUUGCAAUUAUUCCCUAUUUCAUUACUCUUGGCACUGUCAUAGCUGAUGAUUCCAAGCGUCAAAAUCAGGCAAUGUCUCUUGCAAUUCUUCGUAUCAUUCGACUAGUUCGUGUGUUCCGCAUAUUUAAGCUAUCACGUCAUUCAAAGGGACUGCAAAUACUUGGUCAAACUCUCAAAGCUAGUGUCAGAGAGUUGGGACUUCUUGUGUUUUUCCUUCUAAUCUCUGUUAUCCUCUUUUCCUCGGCUGUAUACUUUGCUGAGGUAGACGCGGAGAAGACCUUUUUUCGAUCCAUACCCGAUGCAUUUUGGUGGGCUGUGGUCACUAUGACAACGGUUGGUUAUGGUGAUAUGCGGCCAGUGACAGUUGGAGGAAAGUUAGUUGGUUCUUUGUGCGCCAUAGCUGGUGUCCUAACCAUCGCCCUACCUGUGCCUGUUAUUGUAUCAAAUUUCAAUUACUUUUAUCAUCGGGAAACCGAAACAGAAGAGAAACCCAGUUUUACCACAGUUUCGUCAUGCCCACUUUGUAAGACGCCUAGCCUAUGCAGCUCAACUUCUGGGGGUGGUCUCCUUAUCCCCAAGAAAAAACACAGUCGGGACGGAAGCGUAUGCGGAUCUUCAGGAUCUGAUGGAGGAGGAAGACCUGCAGUAAGCCAAGAAGAUUCGCAACCUACUCAUGACUCUCAAGACAAUUCUGCGAGAAUUACACUACUGAGAAGUGCUGAUGACAUGCCCACGUCACGUUUGAUUUCCGAAUCUGAUAGAAAUGCUGAAGAAGGAGAGGAAAAGGCGAACAGACAUAGGAAAAAGGGGACAUUGAUGAGACCAGGUCUUCUAAAUAUCAUAACUCAACCCCUUCAAAAACUCGGCAUCAGGCCUCGGACAUCUCUUGAUCAAGCGACGGAAAUGAGGAAGCGUCCUAAUUUUAACACAACGUCAUUGCCUCCAUCGCCACAAGCUGUGGUUAUGUCGAACACUAUCACACUUUCACCAUUGAAAUCUCACCAAGAGAACAAUCAUUGA